AUGCUUCAAAAUAAUGAACACGAAGACGAAGAUGAUGAUCUUAUGGAUAUCUCUAAUUCACUGGAUCCAGUAGCUAGCGAUAUUUCAGAUAACGAUGCCGUUGUUACUGUUGUUCAAGCCGUUUCAUUUUCAUCAUCAUCGUCUGAUGCUGAAUUAUAUGAUGAAGCUGAUUCAAAUUUAUUUUUAUUAUUUUUUAUCUUAAAUCGUGCUACAUCAUCAUUAUUCAAUGUUCUACAUCCCGUUAUUCCAUUUAAAGGAUGUAUUGAUCCAUCGAAACCAUUUCAAUGUCCUCAAAGUCAACAAUGUAUUGCUCUCCAAUUUAUUUGUGAUGAUCAUCCAGGUGAUUGUCCCGAUAGUCUUGAUGAAAAUGAAGAAACAUGUAUUGCAGCUAAACGUCUAGCAAAGGAAAAUAUUGAAAAUUUUCUUCAUGCUGCAUAUACAUUUCUGUUUGGCGAAAAACUUUCGAAAAGUAUUGAUGAAAAUAAAAUAUUUUGGUUUGAUACAUUAUCAUCAGCAUUUUCUGUGUCGAAAAGUAUUCAUAGUUUUGCUGAAAAAACAUUUAUGUCAUCAGGUGAUCUAGCACAUUUUCGAAAUAUUUUUCAAUUAAUUCAUGAUGGUCGAUUAGAAGAUAUUCCUUUAUUUGCACAAGAAGCUGUUAAUCAAGGCCUUGCAGCCUUAGUCGAAAAGCUCUAUGACUAG